AUGGCAGCUGGUGCUUAUGGAGACAAGACCUUGCAGGACACACCUACAUGGGCUGUGGCGGCGGUUUGUGCAGUGUUUGUCGUCAUAUCUGUUCUGAUCGAGCACGCCAUCCAUUCGUUAGGAAAGUGGUUUCAAAAACGUCAGAAGAAGGCCAUGAGCGAAGCUCUGGAGAAGAUUAAAGCCGAAUUAAUGCUGCUAGGCUUCAUAUCCUUGCUUCUUACUGUGGGUACAAGAACUAUUUUGAAGAUAUGCAUCCCUGCCAAAUAUGCAGACGCUAUGCUUCCCUGCAAAAAUGACUACGAGGAGGACAACUAUAAAGAUAAAAAUGUUGGUAAAGGAGGUGGUGAAUAUGACCAUGAAGGAGAUAGCAAGAGGAAGCUACUUUCGUUUGCUGGAAAUGUAGCAAUGCCUCGAGUUUUGGCAGCAGCCGGUGGUGGUGAUGACUAUUGCUCUAAGGAUAAGGUGUCUUUGAUUUCGCAAACAGGAGUGCACCAAUUGCAUAUAUUUCUAUUUGUUCUUGCCAUUUUUCAUGUCCUCUACAGUGUCAUUACCAUGGCACUGGGGCAAGCAAAAAUGAAGAAAUGGAAGGCUUGGGAAUUAGAGACAUCGUCUUUGGAAUACCAAUUUACUAACGAUCCAACAAGAUUUAGACUGGCUCGACAGACCUCCUUUGUGAAGCGGCAUUCUGGCAUCUCCACGGCCCCGGGGAUCAAAUGGAUUGUUGCAUUCUUUAGGCAAUUCACUGGUUCAGUGACAAAGGUGGAUUACUUGACCAUUAGACAUGGAUUUAUCAAUGCACACUUAGCUCCAAGCAGCAAAUUUGAUUUCCACAAGUACAUCAAAAGAUGUAUGGAAGAUGACUUCAAGGUGGUCGUGGAAUGGUACACAUUCACCUGGUUAACAGUUGUGCCUCUUGUGAUACUUCUUUUGGUGGGUACUAAGCUCGAACUUGUUAUCAUGGAAAUGGCUCGAGAAAUGCAAGACAGAAGUCAUGUUAUUAGAGGAGCUCCAGUGAUGGGUUCUCACAUGAAGAAAGCAAUAUUUGAAGAACAAACAGCAAAAGCACUUAGAAAAUGGCAAAAGGCAGCAAAGCUAAGACACAAGACAAGAAAAACAGGAGGUGAAGGUGGUUCUAGUCAAGGGUUCAUGAGUAAUGAUUCCACACCAAGCCGAAAUUCAUCGCCAAUACAUCUGCUUCACAACUAUCGGCCAAGUCCACCUGACGUUGAAAGUGUCAUGAGUUCGGCAAUGUCUCAACCGUCCGAUACUGACCUCUCGGAGUUUGACGGUUCCGCUCAUGAUGGGCACGAGUCAAGAAAACAAGAUCACCAUCAAGAAAACAUUGAAGCAAAUAGUGCUGAUUUUUCUUUUGCAAGACUUUGA